AUUGUUAUAAUAUUUGUAUUUGUAUGUACUAUAUUUUGUACAAAGUUUUGGUCCUAUGAUACUGUUUGAUACAAGCAAAACAAAUACUGAGUUUAUAUAAAUUUAUUUAUAAUCUCAUUAAUUAAAAGUAACAAAAAAGGUAAUAAAAAGUACUGAUAGGAACCUAAAUAUGUACCGCUAACUUGUAUUUUUUAUCUGUACAAAUAAAUAUGAACGAAUUUAAAGCAAAAAAUUUUUUUUAUGAACUGUUUCAAUAAAGAGAUAUGUAUUAUGUAAUAUCUACUUAAUCUGUUCUGUUAAGAUAAGUGAAUUUGAAUUUGCCGCCUUAAUAAUGGCGGUCGUGUAUUGUCAUCGUUUCAGGUGAUAAAGUCUAGUCAAAGUGUCUAUAAAAUAAUUAUGGAUAGAAUAAUCAAAGGGAUAAUGCGAUAUAGAAGGUUGCAUAGGGAUGGGAUGGUGAAACAGUUUGAAAAUGUUCGAGACCACCCCGAGCCAAAGGCAGUAUUUUUUACUUGCAUGGAUUCCCGGAUGAUACCAACUAGAUUUACGGAAACAAAUGUUGGAGAUAUGUUUGUUGUGAGAAAUGCCGGUAACAUUAUUCCUCAUCCCCAACAUUUUGUAGACGAGUUAACAAUGUGCGAACCAGCGGCCUUAGAACUUGGUUGUGUUGUGAACGACAUAAGGCACAUUAUAGUUUGUGGACACAGUGAUUGCAAGGCUAUGAAUCUAUUGUAUGCGCUACGUGACGAAGAAUUCGCUUCCAAGGUGAACAGGAGGAUAUCACCGUUAAGAGCAUGGUUGUGCGCGCACGCUAGUAGCAGUUUAGCGAAGUUUCAACAGCUGGAAAUUACUGGUUUCGAUCAGCCGAUACUUUUUCAAGCAGAAACCCCAUUACGAAAGUUUGUGGCUUACAUAGAUCCUGAAAAUAAGUUCGCCAUAGAAGAUAAAUUGUCUCAAGUAAAUACUUUGCAGCAGCUGCAAAACAUAGCUUCUUACGGAUUUUUGAAGAAGCGUCUCGAAAGGCAUAAUCUGCAUAUUCAUGCUUUAUGGUUCGAUAUUUAUACCGGUGAUAUUUAUUACUUCAGUCGGGCUAAUAAAAGAUUCGUGGAAAUAAAUGAAUCGACCGAAACGCAUUUACUUACGGAAGUUAGGAAAUAUUAUUCUUAACUUAUUUUAUGGUUGAACACGUUCGUUAUCAGCUGUGGUUUCUUUUUCUUAUAGAUAGAAAAUAUUUGUGAUGUCCUAAAUUUAGUCACAUAUACAUGUGUAACGCGGGUAACGAACGUAACACUUUGACGGCCAUUAUUUGUGACUGUGAUGCUUAACAAAAUUAUUAUAAAAAAUAAGUCAUUUUUCAUCAUAUCUAAAUUGCAACGUUAAAAUAUAAUUCCGUUAGUAAUCUCUAGUUAGGCAUAUCAAAUUAUUAAAGAUUCCAUAAAAUGUGCGGCCGUCAAAAUGUUUAGGAAUAAUUUCUAAGAAAUCUCAGCAUUUUAUGGAUUAAGACUGAAUAAUAUUUGACAACGAUUCGGUUGGAGAUCUUAUAAUGUACCUGUAUAUGAAAGUAGCAAGCUUUGUCUCUCUCUUUUACUAAUCAAGUUUUACAAACAAACAACGCACAAAAUGAAUCAUUCUAUUCAGAAAUAUUUAUGCUGUGUAUAGGUUUAUAUAAGACGUUUUAUAAUGCGUUAUUAUUUAUGCAAAAAUUCAUACAUAACAUUCUGAUAUAAGGAUGUCUGGGCAAAAUAUAUUUAUUUUAAAUAAUAUACAGGGUGGUUUACUGAAAUGUGGACACAUGAAUAUCAAAUUUAUAAUUAUAUAUAAUUAUCUAGAGAAAUGGUUCAACCAUUUUAUAGAAUACAUUUCUUGGUAGAAAGAAUUUUUUUGAAAGUCAUUACUUGAGGACAUUCCAAGGUCACUCAUGGAAAAAAGUGCAAUUUAAAUAAUAAGGAUAUUUAAAUAUUUGUAGGCCACACUGUAUAUGUAUAAAACAAUCAUUUAAUAACAAAAUGUAGAUUAUGAUCAUAUACAUAACAAAAGGUUGAUUAUUUAUAUGAUAAUGAAAUGUUUUAAAAUAUUUUGUACAUUGCAUGUUACGUGUAAAGUUUAUGAACAUGCAUAUAUUUUUCGAACAAUUUAUAAGAUUGUAUAUAAAGGUGUAAUUAUAUGUGUAU